UUUAUAAGCAGAACAAGAAGGUUACUGUGGGACAGUAGAAACGUAAGAGAAAGGCCUAGAAAGUGACGGAAAAUCUUCCAGAUACUUUUCUCGGGCAAGAAAACGGGGGAUUGUCUUCGGACCAGUUCUCGGACUCAACAAAUUAACAAUUCUUGCCUCGCUUGAUUUUGUUUGGCUCCAUUUUACUGCACCGGUUUAUUGAAACUAUGAAUGCAAAACCCAAGAGGAGAACAGAGAAUGGGGAUGCUGGUGAGGACCUGGUUCUUGCAACUUUGACUGGGAAUGGUGAGGAUUUGGGUACUAUGGUCAAGCAUGCUUUUGAGUUGGGCAAGUCUGAAGCACUUCUUCAGCAACUUAAGAUUGUGGUCAAGAAGAAGGAAGUUGAGAUUGAGGAGCUCUGUAAGCUACACUAUGACGAAUUUAUUUUUGCUGUUGAUGAGCUCCGCGGUGUCCUAGUUGAUGCUGAAGAGCUAAAAAGUGAGCUUGGAAGUGAUAAUUUUAGGUUGCAAGAGGUUGGGAAUGCUCUUCUUCUCAAACUUGAUGAACUCCUGGAGUCUUACUCGAUCAAGAAGAAUGUUACUGAAGCCACUAAAAUGUCGAGCAAUUGCGUUCUAGUGUUGGAUCUAUGUGUGAAGUGUAACAAUCACAUUUCUGAAGGGCGGUUUUACCCUGCUCUGAAAACCAUUGAUCUGAUUGAGAAAGUUUAUCUGCAGAAUAUUCCUGUUAAGGCGCUCAGGAUGCUUAUUGAGGAGAGAAUACCAAUAAUAAAAUCACAUAUUGAGAAGAAGGUCAUUAGUCAAGUUAAUGAAUGGUUAGUUCUCAUUCGGAGCACUGCAAAAGAUAUUGGACAAACAGCAAUAGGAUAUGCUACAUUGGAGCGUCAGAGGGAUGAGGACAUGCUAGCUCGUCAGAGGAAAGCUGAGGAACAGAGUUAUUCAGGGUCUGAAGAUUUUACAUAUACUUUAGAUGUUGAAGAAAUUAAUGAAGAUUUUGGUCUGAAGUUUGACCUUACGCCUGUUUACCGGGCAUAUCACAUUCACACUUGCCUAGGAAUCCCAGAGCAGUUUCGUGAUUAUUAUUACAAGAAUCGGUUGUUGCAGCUAAAUUCAGACUUGCAAAUAUCUUCUGCACAACCAUUUCUUGAAUCCCAUCAGACUUUUUUAGCUCAAAUUGCAGGGCAUUUUAUAGUGGAGGAUAGAGUCUUAAGGACUGGUGGUGGGCUAUUGUUGGCUAAUCAGGUUGAGACAAUGUGGGAAACAGCUGUUGCUAAAGUGACAUCAGUGUUGGAGGAACAGUUUUCCCAUAUGGAUACUGCGAGCCAUCUUCUCUUGGUCAAGGAUUAUGUGACUCUUCUUGGGGCAACACUAAAACAAUAUGGCUAUGAAAUGGCCCCAAUUCUCGAGAUUCUCAGCCAUAGCCGGGAAAAGUACCAUGAGCUUCUUUUAACAGAGUGUCGACAACAAAUCACUGAUGUUCUUGCCAAUGACACUUGUGAGCACAUGGUUAUGAAAAAGGAGUCAGACUACCAAACAAAUGUCCUGAUGUUCCAUCUUCAAACCUCAAAUAUAAUGCCAGCUUUCCCCUAUAUUGCACCAUUCUCUUCCAUGGUACCUGAUUGCUGCCGCAUUGUUAGAUCAUUCAUAAAGGACUCAGUCAAUUAUUUGUCUUACGGGGGCCAAAUGAAUUUUUUUGAUUAUGUGAAGAAGUAUCUGGACAAGCUCUUGAUUGAUGUAUUGAAUGAAGCCAUACUUAAUAUGAUUAACAGUGGUAUUGCAGGUGUCUCUCAAGCAAUGCAGAUUGCUGCAAACAUAGCUGUUCUUGAAAGAGCUUGUGAUUUUUUUCUUCAAAAUGCGGCCCAGCUAUGCGGGAUCCCGAUCCGGUCAAUUGAAAGACCUCAGGCUAGUUUAAAGUCAAAGGUGGUUCUUAAAACAUCAAGAGAUGCAGUUUAUCUUUCUCUGCUAAAUUUGGUGAACUCCAAGUUAGACGAAUUUAUGGCACUUGCGGAAAAUGUGAAUUGGACUCCGGAUGAUACACCGCUGAGUGCACAUGAGUACAUAAAUGAUGUGGUUAAUUACCUCGACACCAUUAUGUCCACUGCUCAGCAAACUUUACCUCUGGAUGCUUCGUAUAAGGUUGGGAGUGGGGCUCUUGAGCAUAUAUCCAAUUCUAUUGUGGCAGCUUUUCUUAGUGACAGCGUGAAGAGGUUCAAUGCUAAUGCAGUUGUGGGCGUCAACAAUGAUCUGAAGGCAUUAGAAUCUUUUGCAGAUGAGAAGUUUCACAGUACUGGAUUGAGUGAGAUAUACAAGGAAGGUAGUUUUCGUGGCUGCUUGAUUGAAGUAAGGCAAUUGAUAAACCUUCUGUUAAGCAGCCAGCCUGAGAACUUCAUGAAUCCUGUUAUAAGGGAGGGAAACUACAGUUCUUUGGACAACAAGAAGGUGGCUACUAUCUGUGAGAAGUUCAAGGAUUCUCCUGAUGGGCUCUUUGGAAGCCUUUCAAGCAGAAGUGCGAAACCAAAUGCUCGCAAGAAGUCAAUGGACGUCUUAAAAAAAAGAUUGAGGGAUUUCAACUAAGAGAGGUUGCAGAUCUAGCUGGAUUAGAAGCAGCUGAACUUUCUUCUUUAAUGUUUAGGAUAAUAUAUAUAUAUAUUAUUUUUUUUUUAUUUAAUGAUACUUCUGAAUUAAUUUCCUAAAGUAAGUUUUUUUAACAUUACUUUGUUUCAAAUGUUCCAAUGUUUUCUCA